UCUUCCGGGCUCGCAGAGACGAAGGGGCGUAGGCAGCGCACUUUCCUGGUUUGGCGCCGAUCUGAACGGCAGCUGAAGGAACUGGGCCCCCGCUGUCAUGUCUUUUCUGCUGCGCGGGGUUCGCCCUCUGGGCGCCCGGGGUUUCAGUCUCCGGUCCGGCCCGCGCUGCUCCAGGAUAUUCGGUUCGGGCUCCUUGGAAUCGCCGCCGGGCGGCUCUUCCCGUCGGGGUGAUGGUCGGUGGCAGCGAUCAGCGUUCGCCUGGACUGCAGGAGCCACAGCGGUGCUGGCCGGGCUGGGACUGGUACGGCGGGCGGAGAUGAAGGAGCAGCCUCGGCGGCAGCAGCAGCAAAUACAACCGGAAAAGCCGUGGGGAAAGGAGGAGGAGGAGGAUCUGGCGAGGCUGUGCGAGAGCUUCAUGGCUCCUCCGGUGAGCGGACUGCGAGAGCUGCGCGACCGGCGGGGAGACAUGCGAAGUCGCAUGGAGUUGCUCAUCAUGGAGGCGCAGAGCCAGGUGUGCAAGGCGCUGGCCCAGGUCGACCGCGGCGCCGCUUUCACCGUGGACCGCUGGGAAAGGAAGGAAGGUGGUGGAGGCAUCAGCUGUGUCCUUCAGGAUGGCGAAAUCUUUGAGAAGGCUGGCGUCAAUGUUUCAGUUGUUUUUGGACAUCUUUCUGAAGAAGCAGCUCAGCAGAUGAGAAGCAGGGGAAAAUCUCUGAAAACCAAAAGUGGAAAAUUGCCCUUUUGUGCUAUGGGAGUGAGUUCUGUCAUUCAUCCAAAGAAUCCUUACAUUCCCACUAUACACUUCAAUUACAGAUACUUUGAAAUUGAAGAGGAAGAUGGUACUAAACAAUGGUGGUUUGGUGGUGGAACAGACCUUACACCAACUUACUUGAAUGAAGAAGAUGCUAUUCAUUUUCAUAAAACUCUAAAGGACGCCUGUGACCAGCACAAUCCUGAGCUAUAUCCUAAGUUCAAGAAAUGGUGUGAUGAAUAUUUUUACAUCAAGCACCGUGGAGAACGGCGGGGAAUAGGAGGCAUCUUCUUUGAUGAUUUGGACUCACCUUCAAAGGAAGAAGUUUUUCAGUUUGUGCAGAGUUGCACCAAAGCUAUUGUGCCUUGUUAUAUUCCCAUUGUGAAGAAACACUCACAGGACAAGUUCUCACCAAAAGAAAAAUUAUGGCAGCAGAUCCGUAGAGGGAGGUACGUGGAAUUCAAUCUUGUGUAUGAUAGAGGCACAAAGUUUGGCCUUGCAACACCAGGGUCAAGAAUUGAAAGUAUUCUUAUGUCUCUGCCACUCACUGCCAGAUGGGAGUAUAUGCAUUCACCACCAGAGAAUUCCAAGGAAGCAGAAAUCCUAGAAGUUUUGCGCCAUCCCAAAGACUGGGCACAGUGAAUAGAAAGCUGGCCAUGUUCAGCCAUGAAGAAAGGACUUGUUCUGCUGCCCACUCCCAAAUCCACCUGUCACCGCCUGGCAGUUAAUGAAUGUUUAUCUAUUCUCUCGCCUCAUGCCUUAGGAAUAAUAUUAGAUUCUAUCCCCUGUGAAUGUUCUCUUAGAACCCACCUAUUGCUCCUUUGUUGAUUCUUGGUCAUUUGUAUUAGUGUAACUGUAAAGAUCUAGUAAGGCAAGAGGAAAUGCACUGAAUAACAGAGGGUAGUGAAGUGCUGCAAGUUACUGAGGUGUAGACUACAUGUCCCUCUUUCAGGGACUUGACACACUUUCUUACUUUUCACAAAAGAAACAAUUGUUGACAGACUCAGUUCAGCCUUCCAUUGCCUGCAGUAUUUCUGACUUCUUGCCAAUUACUUUCCAGUAGAAUGAUUUUUGUAAUUUAAUCUGAAAUGCUAGUCCAUUUGACUUGUCCUCAUCUGUUAAAUUGCAAAAAAAAGAAAGAGUCUGUAUUGGCUACUAUCAGCUACAAGUGGAUAAAUUAUCUUAGUAGCACAGUUCUUGACUGCAGAUGAAAUGCAGCCCAGCCUUUUAUCAGGGUCCCAAACUCCUGGUUUUGCAUUUGUACAGCACCUGGUACAGAGUUUUCAAUGAAACAAAUUACAUUUCUGUAGGUAAUUUUGAUGUUGGUUCAUAAAAGUGUACAUCCAUAAUGUUUGAAUAGUUGAACACAUUGGAACUUAAUUUCUGGAUGAGUAUAAGGCGAUAUUGUACCUCAGGUUACCAAUAUUUUUCUCAUGUACUCUUUUGAAAUAUGUUUCUCAGCAAACAUGUUUGGGAGAAGGUAACAGUCCUAUACCAAACUAAUAAUCAAUUCUACAGAAAGUAUCUGCAUGUAUGUGCACAAACAUAGGACCUUUGCUGAGACAGUCAGAGAGAAGUGUUUCCUUCAGUAAACUAUG